CUUACAAGAUGCAAAUAGAAAUUGUGUCAUAUAUAAUGUUUGUAAUUAUUCACCAGCCAAGCGCUAUCUAUAUGUUUACCAUCAAUUGUUUCCUACAGAAUUUAACGUGAUUAUAAUUAUUAUUUACCAAGUUUAACUUUUUAAUGAUGUAUAAUAAAAUUACAUUCACCGCCAUCACAUUUAAACUCGUUGCAGAUAAACAAAAAAUCAUCAAAAUAAUGAACAAUGAAUAGAAACAAACAGAGCCAAUAUAAGAUUCGUGGCUGGACUUAUUAAUUUCAAUCUAGAUAAGUUGUCCUUUGUAUGGCAAAUCUGAUUUUGUCCUUCAACAUUUCAGGAAUUUUUUUUUUUUAUAUUAUUAUGGGAAUCUUAGUUGAGUUGGAUGAAACCAUUUUAAAAUUAUUUUUAGAAAAUAGAGCAAGUACGGCAGGUAGUCUUUGAAAGAAAAGAUAAUAUAUAUUAAAGCCUUUUGUAAGUAUUCCAGAAUGAGAGGAUAAUAUGUAGUGUUAUAAGCAAAGGCAAAUUUCAAAUCAAUGGAUUUGUUUCUUUGGAUUAGGUACAGUUUCUGGACGUGGGCCUCUUAAUUUAGUCAUAGCAACUCAUUAGCAUUGUUACUGCAUGGAUGAAUCUGAAGAGCAUGUCUAUAAAUGCCUAUUCUUCUCACAUUCAAAGUACAACAGAUUCUUUCCCUUCAAACUCUCUUCAAUAAUAAUUAAGAUUCAAAUCUUUCCUUCUAUUGAGAAAAAUGAAGUCAAGUUAUGUUGAGCUUGGAGAGGCAAAGAGUUCUAAACAAAAUGGCAGCAUGAAGAGGGCAGUUUCUGUUCUUGAUUUCAUUCUGAGGCUAAUUGCAAUUACAGCCACCUUAGCAAGUGCAAUUGCUAUGGGAACAACAGAUGAGACACUUCCCUUCUUCACUCAGUUCAUUCGGUUCAGGGCCGAGUAUGAUGAUCUUCCAACAUUGAGGCUUUUUGUUGUUGCCAGUGCUGCUGCAAGCGGCUACCUGAUUCUUUCUCUUCCUUUGUCCAUCUUGCAUAUCAUAAGGAGCAGCGCAGAAAGGACUAGAGUUGUAUUGAUAAUCUUGGAUACGGUAAUGCUAACUUCAUUGGCAGGUGGAUCAUCUGCAGCAGCGGCUAUUGUUUAUACGGCACACAAGGGGAAUGCCAAGGCUAAUUGGUUUGCCAUCUGCCAGCAAUACAACUCUUUCUGUGAGCGUAUAUCUGGAUCCAUGAUUGGAUCCUUCGUUGGAAUUGCCCUGUUCAUAAUGCUAAUUCUUUUGUCUGCUCUGAUACUAUCAAGACGUUAAACAUAUUUUUGUAUCACUACUAGCUAGCAUGAUCAGGCAUGC